AUGACUUCAACCAGCGUUCUGACGCAUACUCACUUCCUGCAGCGCGACAAACUCUACGAUCAUGAGAAACCAUACUCUUUACGCUUCACCGCUCCUCCUGGUCUUGCGCGUGCAAACAUCAAACUCGAUAAACGGGAUAUUAUUGUCAAUGACAUCCGGCCAAAGAAGAAGAGCUUAUCGCUCGAAAGCAACGGCUGUUUCAUCUGGGAUUUCGAUACUGGCUUGAGCUACGAUGACUUCGACGACAAGACGAAAGUGAAGGAUGUCUACCUCGCUGAGGUGGCAGAGGGACUUCGGAAGAAGUUGGGCGCUGAGAAGGUACAGAUCUUCGAACACACUCUUCGCAAGCGACACGCAGAAUUUCCGAUAUCGACAGGCGAGCCGUAUGCAUUUAAUCAGCCGACUUCCAUCGCCCACGUUGAUACAACGAUACCGUGGUGCCAUGCUAUGGCCCGCCAGCUCAACCCGCGAGACGAAUCCGUCACAGAUUGUCGCAUACAAUGCGUCAACAUCUGGAAACCGCUCCGUGGCCCUGUACAAGACUGGCCACUAGCACUCUGCGAUCCGAACUCAGUACGAAGUGAUUAUGACCUCGAACCAUGUGAUCUCGUUUAUCCAGACUACGUUGUCGAGAAUCGCCAAGUCUAUCACUCAGACAACCUGCAGUGGUUCUACAUCAGCGAGCAACGCGAGAACGAGGCCUGGGUCUUCAUGCAGACGGAUACAGGUAGAAGUGAUUGGACAGUGGCCCAUACUGCUUUUCCUUUACCGAACGCGCCGAAGAACGCUGCACCGCGAGAAAGCAUUGAAGUUCGAGCGCUUGUAUAUUACGAGCAGUGA